UGCACUCUAAUCAGUGAAAAUAAGCACCUCUUCUCACUGCCGAGCCUGCUUUUAUAAAGCACUACUUAGUUUGCUGUGGGACGUGAUAUGACAGCUCUUCUUUCAGACCCUUGGAGGACUGAUACUAUCAGAUACUUGCACAGCAGAAACGACGCGAAUAAGCCGGAGAUGGAAGGACUGGGUGGGAACGUUCCUUCAAAUCAAUGCAGGAAUUUUCUAUCUCCCUCUGCAUUUGGAGCACAUCACAACUCAUUAUCUUCGGGACCUGCUUACUCAGGCGGAGAUCGGACGCAUUCUGUAAUUUCUGAAUCAGCUAAGCAAUGUAGCCCAUGCCCAGCUCCUACAAGCCCUCCAAAUCCAGCCUUCAGUUACGGCUAUCAUUUUGGAAGCAGCUAUUACAGUUGUCGAAAUGUUGGUAUACAACAAAGUGGAUUGAAACCUGGUGCUCAUGCAUCCUUAGCCGGCUAUCCAGUGGAUAAAUACAUGGACGUUUCGGGGUUGACCAACAGUCCUGUCCCCACUGACGAUGUAUCAACUCGGGCAAAGGAAUUUGCUUUUUAUCAGAGUUACCCUAAUCCAUAUCAACGGGUAUCUAGUUAUUUGGACGUUCCUGUAGUCCCUACCAUAAGUGGCCACGGAGAGCCAAGGCAUGAAGCCUUACUAUCCAUGGAGGGUUACCAGCCUUGGACAUUUACUAAUGGCUGGAAUGGUCAAGUGUACUGUCCUAAAGAUCAGACACAGUCUUCACAUUUUUGGAAAUCGCCACUUUCAGGAGAUGUGAUGCACAAUCAGACAGAUAUAAACAUUUACAGGCGAGGGAGGAAGAAAAGGGUUCCCUAUACGAAAACGCAGCUUAAAGAACUCGAGCGAGAAUAUGCCACCAACAAAUUCAUAACCAAGGAAAAAAGACGAAGGAUAUCUACAGCCACCAACCUCACCGAAAGACAAGUCACCAUUUGGUUUCAGAACAGAAGAGUCAAGGAGAAAAAAGUCGUUUCCAAAGUCAAAGAAAAUAUACCUUGAUUGCACCGACAUCACUAACCAACAAUGGCGCAUUGUAAAUUAUACAUAAUGGUCUUUUAGAAACGGAAGCUACAUGAACGUGGGAGACUUUAAAGCAACAUCUUCGGAUUUAUAACAUAAAAAACCUUGAAGUGACAAGUUCUGUGAGAUGUUUUGCAAAAACUUUGCCAGAAUGCUUGAUGUGACUCAUCACCACAUGCGAACAAAUAAUACACUCAUCUUGAGAACGCGCCCUCUUCGUUAUUCGUAUAUUUGUAUUGCUUUAACGUGCUGGAUCAUUUUCACGAGCCACAUUGCAGAAGUUGCAAAAUAAUUUAACAGCAUUCUGUGGAUUCAGAUACAUUACGAAAGGUUUCACAAUCUAGAGAUAAAAUGGCGACUACAAGCGAUAACACAUUUACACCUAAAAGCUGACAUUAAGUAAAGUUUGACCUUAGCCUUCUUGAUGCACGGCGAUAUUUAUUUACAUUUUAAUUUUUGUCAUGUUUUGCAAGAUGUACCAUGGGUGCAUUGUGAAUGGGUUCAAAUGGUAAUCGCAUAUGCUAGCAACAAUCAUUUAAUGAUUGAAAAUAUAGUGGUAAAAUGCCAUUUUAAGUCUAUGGCCGUAAGAAGUUGUUUGCAAUAGAGAUACAUGCAUACUAAGUGCGGCGAACACCGUACUAUCUUAUUAUAUUAAUCGGUAGCGAAUUUACAAUCAUGUACAUAACAAAUUAUUUAGCCCAUAUACCAAAAAAAAACGCCUUCUGUUGAUUUACAUCAGAAAAUUCUGCAGUAACAUAUUUCGCGGAGCAAAUGUCGAAAUUGUAGAGAAAUUUCAGUUUCAAGUGAAAUAUUUGUCAAGUUUAAACGUCUUAAUGUAUCUAUAUGUUAUUAAUUAAAAUAUGAAAGACUUUGUUCUGCCUUUUGAAUAUUUUGUUCUUUGAACUGUUAUUUUCAAAACAAAAGCUAAUAUAUUUGAACGCUCCAUUGACGUUUUGAAUGCGGAGUCUUUAAAUGAACCAUGUUCAGCUGUUUUCUAAUUAAUAACUUGUUACGCUGUGUACUUAAAUUACUUCUUUAUUGUAAUCGCGAUGACUAUAUGAGUAAAUAGUGAAAAUCAUUCCUGUAGUUUAUGUAUAUUUUUCAAAUAAGCCUUGUUCAUAUUUCCCUCCGUCCUUUAACGGGACGAAUUAAAAUUGACCUUGGUAGUUUUCUUACAUGGAUUUAUCUAUGGUAUGUAAAAAAAAUUAAAACAAAUCGCACUUCAA